UAUUUGCAUAAACUGAUUCUGUACUACAGACAUUGACAGACACCAGACAGUGGAGGAGGGACAAAGUACUAGAGGCUGUAGAAUUUUCUGAUUUAACUCCGGCUAAAGGAUAUGUUUUUGGGCUGUACCCAGCCUGUUAGAGGAAGAAGAAAGAAAGAAGGGCUGAGUUUAUUAAUGCUAUCUGUAUAACGUGGAAGAAACAGCUACAUUCAGAACAUUUGGUUGCGUCAUGUGAAAAAAAAGUGUGUGAACAGGGCUUGGCAGAUGCCUUACAGUUCUAAUGCCAAGCAGAGAGAAAAUGUACGGAGCCCAGAGAAAGACUGACUCACAGACAGAUCUUUAAUAGAAAACAGGCUAUUUCGACAUCAUGGGCACUAUUAUUCUUUUAUUUGCUAUUGUUGGAUACCUUUGCCUAGCGCCAAGUGACUCUUGUCCAGCCACCUGCCAGUGCAUUACAACAGCCCGCCCUUCAGCAGACUGCUCGUACAGAGAACUAAUGCACGUACCAGUAGGUUUUCCCAAGAAUCUAAAUCAGCUAACCCUAUCUGUUAACAGCAUUAGUGAACUUAACAGAACCUCCUUUGCUGGCAUUUUGAAAGUGGCAUCACUGUGGCUUACAUAUAACAAGAUAACUAUUAUACAUCCUGGCACAUUCCAGUUUCUGACUAGUUUGAUGAGUUUGGACCUAAGUCAUAACCAGCUCAAUGAGUUCCCGUGGACGGAUCUAUCAACCCUUGGAGAUCUUGAGCUCUUAAACCUUAACAGCAACCAGCUGGUUACUAUUCCAUUUGGGGCAUUCAACAACUCUAGAAGUUUAAGAUCUCUGCAACUCAGCAGUAAUCAGUUAUAUUCAUUGCCUGAAGGUCUUUUUGAUCCAUUGACCUCAUUGUCACAUGUUCAGCUUUAUAAGAACUUCUUCCAUUGCUCUUGUUCCUUGGCAUGGCUAAUAGAUUGGAUCCAAAAAACUAGGACCACGGUUGAUAAAAAAAGAGAAAUUACCUGCCUGACUCCAAAUUAUUUAAAGGAUAUGCCAUUAGACAAAGUCCCUGAUUUGCAGUGCAGAAAACCACUGGAGAUAAUGAGUGAUGAUCCAAUUUGGGGCAAUACUUUGUUACUAUGCAAAGAGGUAGAAGUACCUUACUUAUUGAUGCAAAAAGACGAAAAUGACAUUGAGGUAGCAAUUAGAAAAUUUAAGAAUGGAACUGUCACAGUAACUCCUGUUAGGCAGGGCACAGCUUAUCUGUGCCGUGUGUCAAACUACACAAAAGAAAAUACUGGGGAAGUAUCAGUAACACUUGCCCAUCAUCAAAUUUCAGGCUGGCAAGUAGAUAGAGAGGAGAAACUUCUGCUUCUUCUAGUGUCAGGAAAAGGGAGGUCAAUCACAAAUGCAGAGCCAUCAGUUAUGACUAUUCCAACACUAUUUUGGCAGGCUUUGAUUAUGGUAUUAUGGCACAAAGUUUCAUGAGUACAAUAAAAAGAAGUACUGUAC